AUCCUCAUCUCUCUCUCCAACCUCAUAAAUUUUUCAUACGAUCCGCCCUCCACUUCUAAGCCCUUACCCUUCAAAACCCUAAAUCAUUUCCCCUUUCUUCACAAUUCCCACCAAAAGUCAAUCAAAAUUCUUUUGGGGGAAAGACAAAUGCCAUGAUCGUUGUAGAUUCCAGAGACCAAGCCCUCUCUCUCCUCACCGCCGCUAUCAACCACUCCGAUUUGGCCGUGAAGCUUUCCUCUCUUAAACAGGCCAGGGACAUUCUUUCCUCUCUCGAUUCUUCAUCCACCGCCGAUCUCUUCCCCUACGUCGCCGACCUCCAGCGUUCUCCUCAUACUCUCGUCAGGAAAUUUCUUCUCGAGAUAAUUGAAGAUAUUGCAUUGAGGACGAUAGAGCAUUCUGCUGUACUUGUACCAGUUUUAGUAGCGUUCUUGAGGGAUGUUGACUCAGAUGUUGUUAAACAAUCUAUUGUUACUGGCACGCACUUCUUCUGCAGUGUUCUGGAAGAAAUGACACUACAGCAGUAUGGAAAAGUUGACCAGUGGGUUCAGGAACUAUGGAUGUGGAUGAUUAGGUUCAAGGAAGGUGUGUUUUCCAUUGCAUUGCAGCCUGGUCCAGUUGGGAUAAAGUUGCUGGCGCUGAAAUUUUUGGAGACAUACAUCUUACUUUUUACACCCGACAACGUUUAUUAUGAAAAGUUUGAAGCUACCAGAGGAAGUAGACGGACUUUUAAUAUAUCAUGGCUAAGUGGUAGUCAUCCUAUUUUGGAUCCAAUUGCUCUAACAUCAGAUGCGAACAGGAAUCUUUUUGUUUUACUUGAAAUGUUGCAAUCAGCCAGUAGUCUACCUGGAGCUGUAACAAUCAAUAUUGUCAAUUGUCUUGCUGCCAUAGCGAGGAAGAGACCCCAACACUAUGCCACUGUUCUUUCUGCACUGCUUGAUUUUAAUCCAAACUUUGAGACGGUGAGGGAAUUUCAUAAAGCCAGUAUUCAGUAUUCCUUGAGAACUUCAUUUUUGGGAUUCCUGAGGUGUACUUAUCCAGGCAUUGUAGAGUCGAGAGAGAGAUUGCUUAGAGCUCUACAAGCAAUGAAUGCAGGGGAUGCUUCUGAUCAAGUCAUCAGACAGGUUGAAAAGAUGAUAAAAAAUAGCGAGCGUGAGCGCGUUUCCAGGGAAAUUCAGUCAGUCAGGGAUGUUAAAGCAUCAAGCCAAGCAUAUAUUUUAGGGGAUGUGUCAAAGAAAAGAUCUAUGCCUCAAGAUAAUGAAGAACUAACAAAUAGUUUUGAGAUAGCUUCCAAGCGUAUUCGCUCUGGUCCCAAUUCCCACUCGACACCACCCACUCAAAUUAGCGAUUCCGGGCAGGAUUUUUCUUCUGUUAAUGGAGCAUCUCCUAGUUUUCCACUUUUGGAUGAUAAUUUAACUCCCGUUGAGCAAAUGAUUGCAAUGAUUGGUGCUUUACUUGCAGAAGGAGAAAGAGCUGCUGAAUCUCUUGAAAUUCUUAUUUCAAAAAUCCAUCCUGAUCUGCUGGCUGAGAUUGUCAUCACAAAUAUGAGGCACUUGCCAAAAAGUCCUCCAUUAUCGAAGGUUGGGACAUUGCCUACAACUCAGCAAGCCGUUAACAUAAAUAGUCGGGUUCAAGUUUUUCCACCUGUUCCAACAAAUCCUUUGCACACUCCACUUUCAACUCCCCAAUUGCCUGUUACUUCAGCUGCUACAACCGGUUCAUCCAUAUCUGAUACAUCUACAGUCAAUAAUUUUGCUGCAGAUUCAAAACGUGACCCAAGAAGGGAUCCCCGUCGCCUAGAUCCACGACGGGCUGCUGUAUCUGUUGGAAUGUCAUCCACACCUGUUCUGGAGGACAGUGUAACUGCAAUAUUUGAAUUUGAUGGUUCUAUUUCUAAUAAGCCUCUUUCAGUGCCAGUUGUCGAAACCCCUCCUGUGCAUUCUAUGCAUAACAUUCAAAGCAAUGAUAAGAUAAUAGAAGGUUCAUCGAUUGUUGGUGUUGAGCAACCAUCUCCCGAAGGGGAUGUUGUGGGAGGUGAGGAAGACAUUGCUCCCAUUCUAGAGGUCAAUAGUCCUUCCAAUCGCACAGUUUCUCCUUAUAUGGAUGAUGUAGAAUCAGCUGAAUUGAAAGCAGAUGCCGAAGUGAAACAUGAUACCGAUGAAUCAUUGUCUCCAGAGUCUGAUCAGAAUUUCCCAGGUUCCAUAACCGUAUCUUCUUUGGAUGAGACUGGUCGUGAUUUACCUGUGCUACCAUUAUAUGUUGAGCUAACUGAAGAGCAGAAAAGAAGUGUGAGAAAAUCAGCAGUUCAACAGAUCGCUGAAUCAUACCUGCAUCUUUAUUGGUCAGACUGUAACGAAAUGUGCAUGGCAUUAUUUUCCCGGUUGGUUGGUCAGAUUGAUGCCGAUGAUGACAUUAUCGUCAUGUUGGGGAAACAAAUUGUCGUGGAUUACCAACAACAAAAGGGUCACGAGAUUGUAUUGCAAGUUCUCUACCAUCUUUAUUCUCACACAGUUACAAAUUCAGUUGACAACUCUUCAUAUGCAGCUGUUCUUUAUGAAAAAUUCCUCCUAGAAGUGUCCAAAUCAUUGCUGGACACUCUUCCAGCCUCGGAUAAGUCAUUUAGCAGACUUCUUGGUGAAGUUCCUUUUCUGCCUGACUCUGCCUUGAAACUAUUAGAUGAUCUCUGUUUUUCUGAUGUGUUUGAUAUUACUGGGAAAGAGAUUCGUGAUGCUGAACGUGUGACACAGGGCCUUGGUGUGGUCUGGAGUUUAAUUUUGGGACGUCCAAAUAAUCGGCAAGCCUGCUUAGGUAUAGUACUGAAGUGUGCUGUUCAUUCUCAAGAUGAUAUUCGAGGGAAAGCUAUCCGGCUGGUAGCAAACAAACUUUAUCAACUAAACUACAUAUCUGGGGAAAUUGAGAAAUUUGCAACAAAUAUGAUGCUGUCGGCUGUGGGUCAGCGUGCUGCAGGUGCUGAGUUUAUGCAGUCUGUAUCCAUUGAUGAAAGAGUUGAAAGGGAGGUUGGAAGUGGGGACACAUCUACUAGUGGAUCUCAACUUUCAGAGCCCAGAGCUUCUGGAAUUGACCCCGAAAAUACAGAAUCAGCAAGUAGUAGUUCUUCAGUAGUGUCAUUGCCUGAAGCUCAACGAUUCCUUUCUCUGUUUUUUGCUUUAUGCACAAAGAAGCCUAGUCUUCUUCAACUCUUAUUUGAUAUUUAUGGGCGAGCACCAAAAGUUGUAAAGCAGGCUUUUCAUCGCCAUAUACCUAUUGUAAUUAGAGCCUUGGGUCAGUCUUAUUCUCAGUUGCUCCGAAUAAUAUCUGACCCACCCCAAGGAAGUGAAAAUCUGUUAACUCUGGUGCUGCAAGUAUUGACCCAAGAGGCAACUCCUUCUCCUGAUUUAGUAGCCACUGUGAAGCAUUUAUAUGAGACUAAGCUGAAGGAUGCUACUAUUCUCAUUCCAAUGCUAUCUUCACUCUCCAAGAAUGAGGUGUUACCUAUUUUUCCUCGGCUUGUUGACCUUCCAUUGGAAAAGUUCCAGCUUGCACUUGCUCACAUAUUGCAGGGUUCAGCCCACACUGGUCCUGCCUUGACCCCCGCUGAAGUAUUGGUAGCCAUCCAUGACAUCCUUCCUGAAAAAGGUGGUCCUCCACUCAAAAAGAUAACAGAUGCUUGCUCAGCUUGUUUCGAGCAGCGCACAGUUUUCACCCAGCAGGUCUUAGCAAAGGCCUUGAAUCAGUUGGUUGACCAGGUCCCUCUUCCGUUACUUUUCAUGAGAACUGUUAUUCAGGCAAUUGAUGCUUUCCCUACCCUGGUCGAUUUUGUCAUGGAAAUCCUAUCCAAACUUGUGAGUAAACAGAUCUGGAGAAUGCCGAAGUUGUGGGUUGGGUUCUUGAAGUGUGUGGUUCAGACACAACCGCAUUCAUUUCCUGUAUUAUUACAGUUGCCGCCGCCACAACUCGAGAGCACGCUGAAUAAAUUUGGCAGUCUCAGGAGUUCCCUAGCUUCUUAUGCAAGCCAACCAAAUAUAAAAGGUUCACUGCCUAGAUCAACGCUUGCGAUUCUCGGUCUUGCAAAUGAGCAGCAUAUGCAGCCGCAGCAGCAACCGCAUAUGUCAAACUUGCAUUCGUCAGAUGCUUCUUCUGUUCAGGGAGCAACUACGACAUAAUAUUUCAAAGUUGAUCCGAUUCUAAUUGACCAGCUGAACACCGAGUCCAGAUGCAAUGGUUUUUGGGAUGAUCGUAACAAUGAACCUCGCAUGUGAGCUUUGCUUGAUUCGGUAUGAGAACACGUAUACCUAGUUGGUCGUGAAAUAAGCAUUUCUAGAGAAGGCAUAAGCAACGAAGAAGAUUGAUGAGUUACCUCCAGCUUUGUGCAAUUUUCUGGCAUCUGUAAAUUGAAUGUGUAUCAUAUAAACCGCAUAAGGUUUCUCUUAUGUAUCAAGGGGUUUACUUGUGUUGGCUCAGGGGUCCUGUUUCAAUGAGUUUUAGGUCACGGGGCAUUUUGAUUUUAAAGGCAAAAGAGAAUUAAAUGUCAAAUAUAUCAGUUGGCUCAAGCCUACAUGGA